AUGACGUCCAAGAGAAAGGCUGCGGCCAUGGCGCCUGAGGAUGAAGAACCCAUAGACCCGUCUGACGAGCUCCUGUUCCUCUGCUUGGGCGGCGGCAACGAGGUUGGCCGAUCAUGUCACAUCAUCCAGUACAAGGGCAAGACCGUCAUGCUUGAUGCCGGCAUGCAUCCGGCCUAUGAAGGCUUGUCUGCCAUGCCGUUUUACGAUGAGUUCGACCUGAGCACCGUGGACGUGCUCCUGAUAUCACAUUUCCACGUCGAUCAUGCGGCUUCACUCCCAUACGUCCUCGCCAAGACCAACUUCAAAGGCCGCGUCUUCAUGACACAUCCUACCAAAGCCAUCUACAAAUGGCUCAUCCAGGAUUCUGUCCGCGUUGGCAAUAUGUCGAGCAAUUCGGAAACCAAGAUCCAGAUGUACACAGAGCAAGACCAUCUCAACACAUACCCAAUGAUCGAAUCCAUUGAUUUCUACACCACGCACACAGUCUCUGGCGUCCGCAUCACGCCAUACCCUGCUGGCCACGUUCUUGGAGCUGCCAUGUUCUUAAUGGAGAUUGCAGGUCUGAAGAUCUUGUUCACAGGAGACUAUUCGCGAGAAGACGAUCGACAUUUGGUGUCUGCCUCAGUUCCAGCCGGCGUUAAAGUCGACGUUCUCAUCACCGAGUCCACAUUCGGCAUCUCCAUGCACACACCGCGAGUAGAGCGAGAGGCUCAGCUCAUGAAAGCCAUUACAGAUAUCCUCAAUCGAGGUGGCCGUGCUUUGCUGCCCGUAUUCGCCCUGGGAAGAGCUCAGGAGCUGCUGCUCAUCUUGGAUGAGUACUGGAGCAAGCACCCAGAAGUCCAGAAGAUACCCAUUUACUACAAUUCCAGUCUAGCCCGGAAAUGUAUGCAAGUCUAUCAAACAUACGUCUCCGCCAUGAACGACAAUAUUAAGCGUUUGUUCGCAGAGCGCAUGGCCGAAGCGGAAGCGGCAGGAGAUACGGGUCGCCGCGGAGCUUGGGACUUCAAAUUUGUCCGGUCGUUGAAGAGUCUGGAGCGCUUUGACGACCUUGGUGGUUGUGUGAUGCUCGCUUCCCCUGGUAUGAUGCAAUCUGGCACAUCGCGAGAAUUACUGGAGAGGUGGGCACCGGACCCUCGUAACGGCGUCAUCAUAACGGGUUACUCGGUUGAGGGCACCAUGGCGAAGCAGAUUGUCCAUGAGCCAGACCAGAUCCCUGCCAUCAUGACUAGGACAAACAACAAUUCGCGAAGGCCAGGUCAACGAGAAGGUGAACAGACCAUGAUACCCAGGAGGUGUACAGUCCAAGAGUACAGUUUCGCCGCCCACGUCGAUGGCAAAGAGAAUAUGGAGUUUGUACAAGAAGUCGCCGCACCAGUAGUGAUACUCGUGCACGGCGAAAAGGGCAACAUGACGCGUCUUCGCUCCAAACUCCUCUCUUUCAAUGCCCAAAAGUCCGUCCCCACCAAAAUAUACUCCCCCGCCAAUUGCGAGGAGCUCCGCAUCCCUUUCAAGACGGACAAAAUUGCCAAAGUGGUUGGAAAACUGGCUUCCAUCGCGCCGCCUAUACCUCGCUCCCUUGACGCGGACGGCGAUGAACGCCUAAAUGACCAGGACAGUGAAGGUGAAAAGCUAGACAUGAUCGCCGGUGUCCUGAUCCAAAACGACUUUAAGCUUUCUCUCAUGGCACCCGAGGACCUCAAGGAAUACGCUGGACUCACUACCACCACCAUCAUGUGUCGUCAACACAUCACGCUGUCAGCCGCAGGCAUCGAUUUGAUUCGCUGGGCGCUCGAAGGCACAUUCGGUGCUAUCACCGAGAGCAACGUCACCGAUGGCGCUGUUGAUGGCAAGGAAGCCCAUACUAAUGGUAAUGGCGUAAGCAAGGAGCAUGCAGAUGAGGAGAUUAGUCGCACACAGACAAAGUUUACAAUAAUGGACUGCGUAAAUGUGCACGUUAAGAACGGCGGCAGAGUCGAGGUAGAAUGGGAGGGCAACGUGAUAAACGAUGGUAUUGCCGAUGCUGUUCUCGCCGUCCUCUUCACUGUCGAGAGUUCGCCGGCGGCUGUAAGACAAUCAUCAAAACAACACUCUCACGCCCACUCUCAUUCCCGGAACGACGAAGAAGAAAAGACAAAAGCCCAGCUAUCCCACCGCUUUAAACAACCCCACCCCCACCGCACAACCGACCCCUCUACCCGCUUAGCCCGCCUCUUUCUCUUCCUAGAAGCCCAAUUUGGCGAAUCAAACGUCCGACCCCUCCACCUUCCCAAAUCAUCCUCUUCUCUCCCCCCAAUCUCAUCCUCCGCUACCACUACAGCCACAGCCACAAAAACAACGCCCUUCUCCGUCGCCGCCGCACCCUCCACGGACGAUGCCGUCGACCUAAAUCCUGAAGAUCGCGCCGAACUAAAACGUCUGCAUAAUCUUGGGAUUCCGGUACCAGGGCUGGAAAUCAGCUUUGAUAAGUUUGUAGCGAGGGUUUGGCUGGAGAACUUGGAGGUCGAGUGUGCGCAUACAGCGUUGAGGGCUAGGGUCAAGGCGGUAGUAGAGAGGGGGGUCGAGACGGUUAGUGGGUUGUGGAUGUGA